UCCCUUCGGAAAUGCACAAUAAACCCUCGAAAACAAAGCAAGCAGCGACACCAGAAGAAAAUCAAUCGAAACCUCAAAGGAUUGCUAAGCAAGUGUUACAAAUACGGAAAACUGUCCGGGGUCGAGCUGGCUCUCUAUAUAAAAUACCCAGACAAGGACGAGUUUGUCGUCUUCGAGUCGGAAGGAUACAAUUGCGACGGAAAGAUCACGGAAAAGGUUUGCUUCACUCGCCGACCGAAAGCUUCAGUGAAGUCGAAGAUUUACAAGCCAAGCGAUAUCGAGGAUAUGCUUAACAUGUUGCACAAGAAAAAGGUGCAAAAGGUACAAAAGGUGCAAAAGCCAGGUCGAGACCAACGGAAGACACCUAUUCAAAAGAGGACCUCGGAUCAUUCACGGGAAUCCGCGCUGGAUUUAUCUGAAAAAAUAACGCGAUUGGGACAGUUUCCUAAGAUCCCAGACCUUAGGAUCCGGGCAUGA